UUGUGGGCAGGGAGGCGGGCGAGGGCCUGGGCUGGGGCCAAGGGGAGAAGCCGCCAGCACUGUCAGCUGGCAAACCUAAGGGAAAAGUAGCCUGGUCUCUGCCCCAUCCCUGUUCCCCACCUGUCUCUCCCCUUUUCUCCCCCUUCCUGGGCUCUGCCAGACUCUCGGUCUCCCUGGGUGCCCGCCUCCUCAUCCUCCCCUCGAGGGCGGGGCUUGGCUGCACCCACGUGUGUUGGAGUUAUAGGCUCCCAGCCGGCGGGGAGCUGGGGAGAGGGGCACCCAGCUGGCGGCUCGGGCAGAGGAGCAGCACCAUGACCGGCAAGAAAGUCUGCAUUGUAGGCUCUGGCAACUGGGGCUCAGCCAUCGCCAAGAUCGUGGGUGGCAAUGCAGGCCGGCUGGCACACUUUGACCCACGGGUGACGAUGUGGGUGUUUGAGGAAGACGUGGGGGGCAGAAAGCUGACAGAGAUCAUCAACACACAGCAUGAGAACGUCAAAUACCUGCCAGGGCACAAGCUGCCCCCCAACGUGGUGGCUGUCCCAGAUGUGGUCCAGGCCUCAGCGGAUGCUGACAUCCUGAUCUUUGUGGUGCCACAUCAGUUCAUCGGCAAGAUCUGUGAUCAGCUCAAGGGCCACCUGAAGGCAGAUGCCAUCGGCCUAUCUCUUAUUAAGGGGGUAGACGAGGGCCCCGACGGGCUGAAGCUCAUCUCUGAAGUGAUUGGGGAGCGCCUUGGCAUCCCCAUGAGCGUGCUGAUGGGGGCCAACAUUGCCAAUGAGGUGGCUGAUGAGAAGUUCUGUGAGACAACCAUCGGCUGCAAGGACCUGGCCCAGGGACAGCUUCUGAAGGAGUUGAUGCAGACACCCAAUUUCCGUGUCACGGUGGUGCAGGAGGUGGACACAGUAGAGAUCUGCGGGGCCUUAAAGAAUAUAGUGGCCGUGGGGGCUGGCUUCUGUGAUGGGCUGGGCUUUGGCGACAACACCAAGGCGGCGGUGAUCCGACUGGGGCUCAUGGAGAUGAUUGCCUUCGCCAAGCUCUUCUGCCACGGCCCCGUGUCCUCCGCCACCUUCCUGGAGAGCUGCGGCAUCGCCGACCUCAUCACGACCUGUUACGGAGGGCGGAACCGCAAGGUGGCCGAGGCCUUCGCCCGCACAGGAAAGUCCAUUGAGCAGCUGGAGAAAGAGAUGCUGAAUGGACAGAAGCUGCAGGGGCCCCAGACAGCCCAGGAGCUGCACAGCAUCCUCCAGCACAAGGGCCUGGUGGACAAGUUCCCUCUGUUCAUGGCUGUGUACAAGAUAUGCUACGAGAACCACCCAGUCAGUGAGUUCAUCUGCUGCCUGCAGAAUCAUCCAGAACAUAGCUGAGCGGUGCUGGGGCUGAGGCCAGGCAGCCUCUUUACACCAAUGGAGACAGGCAGAAGCUUGGGGUGCCUGGCCAACAGGAUCUCUGGGACUCCACACGGAGGAGCCUCUUCUCAGCUUCUCACCGGAGGACAGGAGGCUGGGGCCCAGCUACCUGCCUGGAGAUCCUGAAGCACCAAGCAGCCCGCAGCCUCUUGCCGCCACAUCUCACCAGAAAUGGAGUUGCCUGGUCCCUCUCUGGCUGUGGGGAGGGGCAGACUCAAGCCCAGCUCUGGCUGCUUUGAGUAUGUGGGGGGAGCGGGGCGGGGGAAGCAGGGAGGCAAGGCAACGGCCGUCCACUGCUGCCUCACACAGACCAGGAGUCCUGUCCCCAAGCCCAGUUACUGGCUAAAGAAGUACCUCAGCUGCAAGAGGGAUGAGGCAAAGGCUGCCAGGGAGGGGUCCGGGCUUUUGAGCUGACUCAAGCCCCAGGGACCCCUUUGCUCUGACCUCUGCCAGGCCCCACAUGGCAUCAAUGAAUCUCAGUGUUUGUUAACAAAAUACAAAGAUCUCAAACAACCCGCUUCUAGCUUCUCCUAGCAACAUCUGCGUCCUCAGAAACCUCUGGUCAUCCUCUUCCCCCCUCCCCCCAGCUGCCCUGGCACCAGAGUUGCUGCCAUGCUGGCAUCUCUGGCUGUGGGGCAUGUCGCCCUCCCCCAGGGACUUCCCGGGACCUAGUUCUUUGCCAGCCCCUCCCACCAUGGCUGACCUUUCCAAGGCUCUCUCGCCUCCUCGCCAGCACCCUCUUUGGAGGGCAGGAACUUAAUCUGCUGACAGAGCUACACCAUUUCAUAGCCGGCUCAGAUCACUCUGCUCCGUGACCUUUGUACCUACGCUGCCUCCCUUCUCAGGAGCUCCAGUCGGGGGAGGCGUCGGUUGGGUCCCUCCUGCUGCUAUCUCCCCAGGACAUCUCGGACCCACCUCUUACCCCCUCCCAAACUCUACCUAAUUCUCAGCUGCCCCCAGAGCACCAGGGCAGCUAGCCAGCUCUAGUAUCAGGAGACCAAGGGACCGGAGUGCGUAAUGGAGGGUGAUCAGGUCCCCAUGUGGGUGUCCUAAUUCCAAAGCCAACUCUCCUUUGUCACCUGAAGGCCUUCUUUUGAGGUAUUGACAACUUCACCACCUCAGGAGCUGGGAAACUCAUGGAGGAGGAAAAAAUUCAAACCAUUCUACCUCCUGGGGUGAGGGGGGAAAAAAUGGGAAGGGGAGGAGGGAGUGGGGUGUGCUUGGCACUGACCUUGCUCCAGGAUGGAAUGGCAGCAGGGGAAUGUCACAGGUCAGCAGCCUGGGCCCCUGGCUAUGAAUAGCGACCAAAGGCGCCUGGCCAUCCAGCAAAGGGUCUCAGCUGCCUGGGUGGCGGCACCUGGCACACUGUGACUGGCCAGCAUUAUGUUAACCCUUCCUAAGUCCCCGAGAAACCGGGCAGGGAGGCUCCUCUCAGCCCCUAGCCCUUGAGAAGUCAGUCUUAGCAGUGAAGGGCAGAGCUGCCUGGGGGGGCACAGUCACUCCAGAGGUGGCUGGGAUCUAGAGCUGCCUCCCCAGGAAGUCAAAGUCAAGACGGAAAGACAGCUCCCUUCCCUAGGCUGCAGCUGCGACCCUCUUAGAUAGUCAAAAACCUCUGCCUACUUUUGCUUGCUUACUCCUCAGUUAACAGAAUCUCAGGCCUUCGCAUCAGGCCCACUUGUCUACCCAAUAAAGUGUUUUUUCCAGAAACAAGUUGGAGAAGGGCGCUUGAGUGCAUGCGUGCAGCGUCAGUGCAGAUCACUGCAUGUAUGUUUUCACUCAUAGGGUAAGAAAAAUGAAAAUGGAAAGAAAGCCAUCUUCCAUCUCCCCAGCCACUCCCGGCCCCUAGCAGGGGUCCCCCCAUUCCCCUAAACGGCACUCCCUCCCAUCCUCUUCCUGGCACUUCUCUGGGGCUUAUCAAGCCGCCUGCAAGCGAGGAGGUCACAAACGGGUGAAACGUUAUGGAGAUUCGACCCUCGUGCCCACUUCGUGGCCAUGGCCAAAGCUGCCGUAAAGCUUGCGGUUCGGGUCGGACUCCUACCUGGGCUCUGCUGAAGCCUGGCCGCGGAGAAAAGAGCAACUCCAGGCUCCAGGGGGCGCGCAGCCCUCCAGGGGGCUGGCACCGAGAGAACCUACCUAGCUACCGGAGACGUCACCGCGCCGUAGGCUGGGGAUUGGCUGGCUGGCUCUCUCUGAGACGGAGUUUUAGAUCGUCUUUUCUGUCAUGACUAAGUAGUAUUCUAAAAGUUCCAGUUCCAGAGCUUGGAUCUCCAAAGACCCUUUCUCAGUGGAGAAUGACUACAACCCCCAGAAAUCAACUGGCCUGAGAGGAAGGCUCGUCUGAGGAUGCGUAGUAAGGACGGCUGACCCGGAAACCGGAAGUUCAGAGGAGGCAGCCAGCCGGAGUUGCGGCCUGCGCGGGCUACCGCCUCGGUAGGCGGAGUUAUGCUGAGUCUGAAGCUUAGAGGGUAAGCGGGUCGCGUGGGAGGGAGAAAGGCGGCGCUCUGCACCAAUAGCACCUCAGCGUUCAGAGUGGUUUCUGGGCCGUUACCCUCGCUCGUCUGGUCGUGGGCGCAGCUUCCGGCUGCGUUGGGAGGUCGUGCGGCUGGAGGACUCGAACCCAGAGGGAGCGGCAGCAUUCAGGUACGCCGUCCGCCAGGCCCUAGUGGGGGCUUCCUAUCUGCCUGGGCGCGCCUGCUCGGGCCGGCCUUUGCUUACCGCAUCCUCACGCCCAGUCUUCGGGCUUCCGUACUCUGCGCGGCGGACCGCGCCGCUGGCAGCCCGGCAAGCUCCUUGGGGCCGUAGGUUCCUGUCAGACCCUGACUCCCACCGUGCGUCUUGGCCCUCUGCGCUCCGACUCCGACUCCAGUAGCUCUGACCCCUUCUCGUCUCGCAGAGCGCUGCGCCCUGAAAUGCAGCUUUUCCAGGCACUCUUCGUGCGUAUUGAUAAUCUGGCUCCACUCCUUUGCGGCUUUCUAUGCCUGGGAUGCUCUCCCUGUCCCUCCUCUACUGGUGUAAAUCUUGCCCCUCCCCAAAUGACAGCUGCCCCCACCCCCCACCUUUCUGCUAACUUAUCUUGAGCCCACACCUUGUCUCUGAACUCUCAACGUGCCUCUUUUCUGGUCGCCGCCGUCUUGUACUUUGUCUAACAGGGUUUGAGAUGCAGAGUUUAUCCCCAUCAGAUCAUAAUCUACUUUGAGACAGAAGCCGCGUUCUCUGCGGCUUUCAUAGCACGAAUAAAAGGUAGACAGCUAAGUGAGUAAAUCUAAGCGGAGGUGGCUGGACCCAUUUGAGGAAAUGAGUUUUCCGGAGGAGAAGCUUGAACCUUGAGGGCACAACAUGUUUAGGCGGCAGGAAAGGAGAGAAAAGCCAUAUAACCUUUGCACGUUGUAUUUCCACAGUGGCUCUCAUUUUCUUUUCCCUGUUUUUCUGAGACCUUCCCUUUAACCCCAUAAGAGACCCAGCCUUGAGCUUUAUUAGGGAAACGGAUGUCCUUCAGGUGAGAAUGUUCUCCAGCUGACCUCAAGUUUUCUUCAUUUCCAAAGGGGACAUCAUGCCAACUGCCAAGCAACUGGCUGACAUUGGCUACAAGACCUUCUCCACCUCCAUGAUGCUCCUCACCGUGUAUGGGGGCUACCUCUGCAGCGUCCGGGCCUACCAUUACUUCCAGCGGCGCAGCUCCCGGCGCCAGGCUGCGGAAGAGCAGAAGACCUCGGGAGUCCCCUAGGAGCAGGGACGUUUUUCUUGAGCAGAGAGGCCUGAGGCAUGCUAUGGAAAGACCUCACCUGCAGUCAUUUCUGAGUCAAGAGGACUAGAGCCUUAAUGGUUUCUGAACUCUGCUGGGAGAAAGUGCCCAUGUUUUUCUCUGGUGCCGUCAGUUUGGAGAGGCUGGCUGUCAAGUCACAGCAGGAAUGGGAGGGUGAGGCACACCUACAGACAUUAAAUGUUUUGCCCCGUC